AUGGCUACACGGUCCAUCCCCGCGUCCAUAACACGACGGCUGCUCACGACGUCGCAAUCCACGCGCAUAGCAACACGACCGAUUGCAUGCACGUCACCGCGUAUACGAAGUGUGUCAGGAUCCUGCCGCCCGGCACUCCAAAUUGCCGGCCAAAGACGACCGUUUUGCACAACGCCACGCACACAAUUGGCUGCGGUAGACGACACAUUCGACCCCAAAUCGAUAGAGCGCGAAUCUGAUGAGGUCGAUGUGCUCAUUGUGGGUGGGGGCCCGGCCGGCCUGUCGGCGGCUAUAAAGCUGAAGCAGCUUGCGACAGCGGCAGGCAAUGAGGACUUCAGAGUGUUGGUGCUGGAAAAGGCUGGAGAGCUAGGUGAUCAUAUUGUUUCAGGCAAUGUCAUUGAGCCUUCCGCUCUUGAUGAGUUGCUACCAGACUGGAGAUCGGAGGAUAACCUGAACCGCUUCGCUGACAUUACGCCUGCGAAGGAGGAUCACAUGUACUUCAUGACCAGGGACCGCGCCAUACCCCUCCCCAAGCCCCCGCAGAUGAACAACCAUGGCAACUUCAUCAUAAGCUUGAAUCAGAUGGUCAAGUGGCUCGGCGAACGAGCGGAAGAGGUUGGCGUAGAAGUCUACCCUGGGUUUGCUGCGUCCGAAGUGCUUUAUAACCACGAAGGCGUUGUACGUGGCGUAGCCACCAACGAUCUCGGUAUAUCGCGAGAGGGAAAACCCAAGGACUCCUUUGAACGAGGAAUGGAAUUUCAUGCCCGUGUCACAUUGCUUGGUGAAGGCUGCCACGGUAGCUUGUCAAAGCAGAUUAUCAAAAAGUACGAUCUGAGACGGGACAGCCAGCAUCAAACCUACGGCCUUGGAAUCAAAGAGGUCUGGGAAGUGCAGCCCGAGAAGUUCAAGUCUGGUCGUGUCGUGCAUUCUCUGGGUUACCCGCUUCCUAAGGAUACCUAUGGAGGAGGUUGGAUGUACCAUUUUGGCGACAACUUGGUCAGCAUUGGCCUAGUGGUCGGGCUUGACUACCCCAAUCCGUGGCUGGCGCCUUAUGGUGAGUUCCAAAAGAUGAAACACCACCCGUUAUACAAGGAUGUGCUGGAGGGUGGCAAGUGCAUCUCCUACGGCGCAAGGACUCUGGUCGAGGGUGGUUUCCAGUCCAUCCCCAAGCUUGCUUUCCCUGGUGGUGCCCUCCUUGGAGAUGCAGCAGGCUUGGUCAACCUACCGAAAAUCAAAGGCACACACAAUGCGAUGAGAUCAGGUAUGCUGGCCGCCGAAGCGACGUGGGACGCUCUUCAAGCCAACACAGACGGCGGGACUAUAUUCCUGUACGACUAUGAAGACAAGAUGCGCAAGUCACCAAUCUGGUCAGAGUUGAAAACUGUGCGAAAUAUGCGGCCGUCUUUCCAUACCCCUCUUGGUGUGUACGGAGGCAUAGCGUACUCAGGAUUGGAGGCAUACGUCCUCCGAGGCAAAGCGCCUUGGACACUGAAACAUGGGAAGCCUGAUCAUGCAGCGACAAAGCCUGCGGAUGAGUACCAGAAGAUCGAAUACCCCAAGCCGGACGGCAAGAUCAGCUUCGACAUACUGACCAGUGUCAGCCGUAGCGGCACAAAUCAUGAGGAGGACCAGCCCUGCCAUCUCCAGGUAAAGGAUCUUGAUGAGCAUGCCAAGAGGGAGUGGCCCAAAUACAAGGGUGUCGAAAACCGCUUCUGUCCCGCAGGUGUGUAUGAGUAUGUCGAGGAUGCCAGCAAAGAGUUGGGCGUCCGGUUCCAAAUCAACGCUCAGAACUGCGUUCACUGCAAGACUUGCGAUAUCAAAGUACCGGAUCAGGAUAUCAACUGGCAAACACCCCAGGGCGGCGAAGGACCAAAGUACGUCCUGACUUAA